AUGUUGCGCGCCACAGAGCGUCGAUGCAGCGAUGCAGAUCCCGUGGCGAGACCUGGCCCUGACUCUCACGAUGACGAUUCUCACGAUGACGAUUCUCAUGACGACGAUUAUCAGAGCAUCCCGUCCCGCGAAGAUGUUGAAUCUGCCCUUUCCGCCGAGGACAAUCUCGUGACCUUUGACGGACCUGAUGACCCGGCCAACCCCCUGAAUUGGUCCAGACGUGCCAAGUGGACGGCCACGAUCCUCGUCUCGAGCUUCACCUUCGUCUCGCCUAUAGCCUCCACCAUGCUGUCGCCGUCUCUCCCCGACCUCGAAGACGAGUUCGGGACCUCGGGCUUCGAGACAAAUCUCAUCAUGUCUAUAUUCCUGCUGGCUUACGCAAUAGGUCCGUUCAUCAUCGCACCGCUGUCCGAGAUGUACGGGCGGGUCGUCGUCUUGCAGUCGUCCAACAUGGUCUUUCUGCUGUUCAAUACAGUGUGCGGGUUUUCGAAGACCAAGGCGGAGAUCAUGGUCUUUCGCUUCCUGAGCGGUCUCGGCGGUGCCGCGCCCCAAGCAAUCGGAUCGGGCGUCCUCAGCGACUGCUGGUCCGCAGACGAGCGAGGAGGCGCCGUGGCCAUCUACAGCCUCGCGCCGUUUCUAGGUCCCGUCAUCGGACCGAUCGCCGGUGGCUAUCUCACCCAGUACAUAAGUUGGCGAUGGAUCUUCUGGGCAAUCUCCAUCCUCGAUGCUGUGGUCCAGGUCUUGGCCUUGUUCUUCCUUCCCGAGACGUAUCGCCCUGCCAUCCUAGCCAAGAAAGCCCGCCGGCUGAGGCGGUCGACAGGCAACAAGAACUACCUCACCGAGGUCGAGGCAGCCAACAGGACCUGGGCGGCUCUCUUCAGGAAGAGCAUCGUGCGGCCCCUGAUCAUGCUGACCACCCAACCCACGAUCCAGAUAACAGGCCUCUACCGCGGCUAUCUGUACGGGCUGAUGUACCUCGUGCUUGCAUCCUUUCCUGCCGUAUGGAAGGAUAAGUAUGACCAGGAGCCUGGGCGUGCUAGUCUCAACUACAUCUCGCUCGGUAUCGGUACACUCGUCGCUAACCGUUCACUGCAGACAUACAAACAUCUCAAGGAGAAACACAACACCACCGGCUGCCCGGAGUACCGGAUACCGCUCAUGUUUCCCACUGCCAUCAUUGCGCCUAGCGGCCUCUUGUUAUACGGUCUGGCAGCCCAUUACGAGGUCCACUGGAUUGUCCCCAAUAUCGGCACCGCUAUAUUUGCCAUGGGCCUGAUCCUCUCCUUUCAGUGUGCGCAGACGUACAUCAUCGAUUGCUACGAGACUUAUGCGGCCAGUGCUGCGGGCGCGUCGGCUUUCAUGCGCACCAUGGCAGGAUUCGGGUUUCCCCUGUUUGCUAACAAGCUAUAUGAGAGUCUUGGAAUCGCUGGCGGAAACGGGCUGUUGGCAGGCGUCGCAUUCGGCAUCUGCCUCGUCGUUUCUUCUAUCCUUUGGAAGUAUGGCAAGUGGAUUCGCAAGAAGAGCCCUUACUGCGCCGGGUAG